UUGAUUAAAAAAUCGAUGAAAAUGUUACCACUUUUCGGACCAAUGAACCUUCGGACCAAUGAACCUUCGGACUAUAGAGACGCCCCCGCGCAGUCAUCGACGGCUUAUAAGUUAUCACUAUGAAGACCAGGUGGUUUGUUGCCAAGUGUCGCAACUUUUCAUCUCUGGAGUCCAGUUUAUCUUCUGGUAUCUGGGGAUGCAGAGAAAGGCAGUCCUCUCCUCAGCCAGCAGAGACCUUAAGCCAAGCCAUGGAGGGAGGGAGAGUUGUCCUACUCUUCAGUGUUAAUAACCAACAUGGUUGGCAUGGAGCUGCUGUUAUGGAAACAGAGCCCGUUGUUAUGGAAACAGCACCAACUGUCACAGAGAAGUCACCUGUGGCAAAGCAAAUGCCAGCAGUUUGUUGCACUAAGAACCAGAUUCCCGUAAAAACUCCUCACCUCAAUGGUGACUGCAGUAAUUUUGUAAGAGGAGACAGUUACAGAUGGUAUCAGUUCAAAGUGAAAUGGCUAACAGAAUUUCAGGGAGAGUUUAAAGAACAAUGUCUUCCAUUUUCUGCCACAAAAGAAUUGGUGCUACUAGACAACACUCCAAUAAAUAAAGCAAGAAAUUUUCAAGAAUUGAAUGAACACUCUGGCAGAACCUUGUAUGAACUUCUGGUCCAGCAUUAUAACAAAUUGUGCAGAGACCGUGAGGAGAAAUUAAAGAAAGAGGAAGAGCAGAUUCCACCCCCAUUUUUCCACCCCAGGGAAUCCAGGGAUAUGCAGGAAGUGUGGCUGCGCAUUCUUGAAAAGGUUAAAAAUUUGGGAAAAGUAUUGCUUGCUUGUGCAUUUGGAAGUCAAAGGUACAAUUUGCACACAGCUGAAAGUGAUACAGACAUGUUCAUAAUUUAUGCUGCCAGUGCAAAAGAUGUGCUGGGAUUUAACCCGCCAAAACAGACAAUAAAAAACCGUGAUACAGAAACCUGUGACUAUACAAUCCAUGAGGUUUUCCGUUACUGUGAGUUACUAUUGGGGGGAGACCCUCGCUGUGUAGAAACUCUCUUCCUUCAUCCCAGUUGUGUGUUCUAUGCAGCAGAGGAAUGGCAGGGGCUCUGUCAAUAUGGAAAGUUAUUUUUGACUAAACAAUGCUUAGAAAAAUACUUAGGUGAUGCUACUGGAUCUCGAGGACUGAAGCAAUUGGAAAAAUGGUGGAAUCGACAGACAGAUGGUGCUGAACUGUUGCCUGUUCAUAUCAGAAAACUGUUUUACAUUGUGAUAAGAUUAUUGCAAAAUGCAAGGGAUGUUUCCAGUGGUGAAGGAAUUGUAGUGUACAGACCUCAGCAUUCUCCAGGGAGGAAGCUGCUGAUGGAGACAAGGCGAGGAGAAUACUCGUACAAGUAUCUUAAGGAAAUAAUAGAUGGAUUAUUGCAAGAAAUAGAAGCUAACAAAACAACUAGAUUGUUGCCUGAGCAGCCUCCUAAGAAAAAACUGGAGGAAUGGUUAUUGGAACUCAGAUACAAUAGCCUAGUGGCUCUCAAGGAAAGCAAAGAUGUUAUAGGACAGAGUCCAGACAUAGAUGAUAAGGAGUAACCUUGGCAUGUGCAAUGUACUUUGUUUUGGAAUUGGUAUCACAAAUUUUAAGGAGGAUGUGUGUAGUUUUAUUUGUAAAUUGUUUUUUACUUAAUGGAUUUCUGGCCACUAGACUUCAAUUUUGGGGCCAACUGUCUUGUGAAAAACUUUAAAUAUUCUUCAACAAAAACUGUGUUUUAUCUAGGAUGGUUGAAAAUUAGAAUAGAAACCAAUUGUUAUUAUCUCUGUCCUACUCUUUAUCAAAAUAUAUAUUCACACUCCUACCUAAGCCUGUAAUAAUUGUAAAAUUGUCACAAGGAAAGAUUGUCAUCAAAUAAAACACCUUUAAAAAAUAU